AUGCCUCACCCAGAAAAGACCCACUCGUCUGCCGACUCCGAAACCAGCGGCAUAACACACACGCCAGAGCACGUCCUCGGCGACGAUGGCGCCCAUUAUCUUUCCGCAACAGAGAAAACAGCCAUCUCUGCCGAGUGUACUGACGUGGAAGAGGGCACCGCGGUAGAGGCCUCACAUGAAAACAUUGCGCCCGACGGAGGUGUUGUCGCUUGGUCAGUCCUCGCUGGAGUAUGGUGUGUCAUGUUUUGCAGUAUCGGAGCUUUCCAAGAGUUUUAUCAAAACAACUUUCUCAGCAACUACUCCCCUAGCACCAUUGCAUGGAUCCCCUCCCUGCAAUUAUUCUUCCAAAUGGGCAUGGGCCCCAUCAUCGGAGCUCUCUACGACAAUUUCGGGCCCCGCUACCUUGUCAUCGGCGGCAGCUUCCUUCACGUAUUUGGUCUGAUGAUGGCCUCGCUUUCCACCAAGUACUAUCAAAUCCUUCUUGCCCAAGGCGUGUGCUCCGCCAUUGGAGUCGCUGCCAUAUUUCAGCCGGCGAUAAACGUCAUCCACGGCUGGUUUGAUAAAAAGCGAGGUGCGGCAUUCGGCAUCGUCGCCACUGGUUCCAGCAUCGGCGGCGUCGUCUUUCCCAUCAUGGUCUCCCGCCUCAUCCGCGAAGUCGGCUACGGCUGGGCCAUGCGCAUCUGCGCCUUUUUAAUCCUCGGCCUCCUCGUCGUGGCGAACCUGACCAUCCGGGCCAACCACCCGCCCCGGCCGCAAAGGAUGACGCGCACUCAGCUUGCCAAGCCCUUUCGUGAAACCGAGUACGCAGGGAUGAAGGAGAAUCUCGUGCAGUAUCUCUUGCCCAUCCUCAACGCCGCCAGUUUGUUUGGCCGCAUCUUUUCCGGUGUCGUUGGCGACAAGAUUGGUCGGUACAACAUUUUCGUCAUUGUCGGCUAUCUCACAGCCCUCCUGAUCCUUGCCCUAUGGAUCCCUUGCAAUACCCAGGAGGGCAUCAUUGCCUUUUCCGCCCUCUAUGGCUUCUCCUCUGGCGCGUACGUGUCUCUCAUCGGACCUCUUAUUGCCCAAAUCUCGCCCUUGCCCGAGAUUGGGUUCCGUACCGGCAUCAUCUUUUUAUUUCUUCCGUCGGUGGCUUGA